UCUCUGUGGCCCAAAAAAGCCUGCCGCUGCGACAGCCUCGCAGACCACAUUCCAUGGCGCCGCCUGACUUCUACGCGCUGCUCGGCGUCGACCGUGCCGCCACCAACGAGCAGGUGCGCAAUGCGUACCGCGACUGCGCCAUGCAGCACCACCCCGAUCGCGGCGGAGACCCGGCAGUGUGGUCGGCGCUACAGCGCGCCUACGACACGCUGAGCGACCCGCAGAAGCGGGCCGUGUACGAUCGCACCAAGCAAGACGGCUCGGUGGGCGCGGAGAAGGCGUUCGGGCAGGCCUUUGCCGAGAAGGGCGAGGGUGCGGCGCAGCAGCGCGGCCUCUCCAUCGAGGCCGAGAUGGCGGAGGCCAAGGGCAAGGGCUCGACGCUAGCCGCGGCAGGCUUCGACAUGUCGCACGCGCAGGGCUUCGAGGCGUGGAUGCGCAACCAGAAGGGGAUGGGGAAGCAGUCCUUCUACACCGCCGAGGACCUCCUCCGCUCGCGCCAAUACGGAAACAUCGAGGCGACCGAGUCGACGGCACAGCCGCUGCCGGCGCUGUCGGCGACGGCGGUCCGGUUCGAUGCGCACGGCCCGCCCGAGGAGGUGCUGUACGUCGACCGCGCCUGCUCUCUGCCCGACAAGCUCGCACACGGAGAGGUGCUCGUGCACAUGCUAGCCGCCUGCGUGACAGACGAGGACCUGCUGCGCGUGCAGACCCCUCUCACCGUCCUCAACGACUUCCCGCCCUUCAACCGGACAAACAACAAGUGGGAGGCGGUCCCUCUGCCCGCCACCGCUGGCGUCGAGGGCGUCGGCGUGGUCAUCGCCACCGCCAAAAACGUGCCCACGCUCAAAGACCACCCGCUCGAGGUCAAGGACUGGGUCCCGGCGCAGCUGAUGCCCGUCCGCCACCUGGCGUGCUCGCGCUCCCUCUGCACCGCCUACCGCCUCCUCGAGGACUACGGCUCGCUCCGGCCCGGCGACACCAUCAUCCAGAACGCGGCCGACCUGCCCGCGGUCGUCCAGCUCUGCAAGAUGCUCAAGAUCCGCUCGAUCAACCUCGUCCCCGACGACGAGGCCGCCUUCGAGCAGACCAAGGCGCUGCCCGCCCCAGCUCGGCCAUCGCACACGCCCUUGCCCCGUCGCUGA